GAGACACUUAUUCUCUUAACUACUAGGAGACAGACACACUUUCCUGGCCUGACUCAAAGAAGGGGGAAAACAGGAGGAAGAUUUUUUUUUUUCUUCAAUAUCAUUUUAAUCUUCCUAUCAUUCAACAAUCAAGCUGCCCUAAAGCUUCUCCUCCUGGAAACUCUUCUUCACUGCCUGCUGGAAGUUCUAUGUAUUGAUCCAUUUACCCUCUCACACACUACAAGGCUUACCUCAUGGAUUUGUAUCUGAUUGGAUAUUUGAUGUGUGUGUGGUUGUCCAGCUCACGGGUGCUUGGAGGCUAUCCCAUCUGGUGGUCCCUGGCCCUCGGGCAGCAGUACUCGUCACUGGGCUCCCAACCCAUCCUGUGUGGCUCUAUCCCCGGCCUCGUGCCCAAGCAGCUGCGUUUCUGUCGCAACUACAUAGAGAUCAUGCCCAGCGUCGCAGAAGGAGUCAAGCUGGGGAUCCAGGAGUGCCAGCACCAGUUUAGGGGCCGGCGAUGGAACUGCACCACCAUCAAGGACAACCUGGCCAUCUUCGGCCCUGUGCUAGAUAAAGCCACCAGAGAGUCGGCGUUUGUCCACGCCAUAGCUUCAGCGGGCGUGGCCUUUGCGGUGACGCGCUCCUGCGCUGAGGGCACGUCCACCAUGUGCGGCUGCGAUUCCCAUCACAAGGGACCCCCCGGCGAGGGCUGGAAGUGGGGCGGCUGCAGCGAGGACGCAGAGUUCGGGGUGCUGGUGUCCAGGGAGUUCGCCGACGCCAGAGAGAAUCGUCCAGACGCUCGCUCAGCGAUGAACAGACACAACAAUGAGGCGGGACGCACGACCAUCCUGGACCACAUGCACCUGCGCUGUAAAUGCCACGGCCUGUCGGGGGGUGAGCUGAGGGAUGAGUCCCAGGCGAUGGUGCGCAAAGCAGCCACUGUCCGCUGCUGGGCAGUACUUCGUAAGUACAACUUCUUCAAGCACCCCACCGAGCGCGACCUGGUCUACUACGAGGGCUCGCCCAACUUCUGCGAGCCCAACCCGGAGACGGGCUCCUUUGGGACGCGCGACCGGGCCUGCAACGUGUCGUCGCACGGCAUCGAGGGCUGCGACCUGCUGUGCUGCGGCCGCGGCCACAACACCCGGACUGAGAAGCGCAAAGAGAAGUGCCACUGCAUCUUCCACUGGUGCUGCUACGUCAGCUGUCAGGAGUGUGUGCGUGUCUACGACGUCCACACGUGCAAGUGAGAGAGAGAGAGAGAGAGAGAGAGAGAGAGAGAGAGAGAGAGAGAGAGAGAGAGAGAGGCCUCUGGCUGCUGGACUACUAAGUGCUGCCCACCCACCACUUCAACUCCCCACCUCCUGCACGACUUCCCUGCUUCCCCCAGACCCACACUCUGCAUCCCACGCAAAAAACAAAUUCACCAGCACACACACACACUUAGGCCCUAAUGGGUAAUAAUGGCACAUCAGCUAUGGAUACUAAAAACCCUGCCCUAGAACGCGUCUUCCAAACCACUACACCCAUUUCCGUAAUAUCUGCCCAGAAAGCAUCCUGUUGACCUGACCCAUCUCUACUCUGAGCUCUAGUGCGCUCUCAUGGGAAGAAGCUACAGCUGGGCCACUUUCCCCUGCAGCAUUUGGCCCCCUCCCUUCCCCUUUGUCUUUAUUUAUUUCCCCCCUCCAUGCCAACACAAUGUUUAUGGCAUGUACAGUAACACUUUUUACCUGUGAGAUUAAUGCAGUAAAGAAAAAAAAAAAAAAAAAAAAAAAACUUUCAGACUCUUUGCUUUUGGAUUUCAAAAAAAAAAAAAAAAGCAUCUUUCUAACUAACACCUCACUUGUCCGGCCAGUCUGGCUGGUUUACCUUUAUUUUUUUUAUUUUUAAACUAAACCAACCUCUACACCGUCACUUCAGUGACACCGAACAUGUCGGCAGCCCCAGGAAAAACCAUCACUUUGUAACUACUGAACUGAACAGGUGUUGGAAGUGCCAACAGUCCUGUCCUUUUGUAAACUACUGAGCUGAUGAACUCCUCAGUGUUGCUGCUCUCCCUGCUGACUGACUCUGCUUGCACCAGUCAACCAGGAAGCCUGGAAGAUACAGUAUAUGCUACAGUCUGAUUUUAUAGCCCUGCAUUUCUUUUUUUUGGGGGAAAUAUUACCAUAGGGCUGGGACUGGAGGUAUGCAGCAUGUGUGUGAACAAGCAUGCUCAUUCCACUAACUAACAACCCUAUACAUGUAUAUGUAUGCACUAUUCAGUUACACCAGGUGGUAACGAUUUGAGCAUUGUUUAUGCGAGCAAAAUUCUUCUUCAAUGCAAGCUAGCAGUUCUUAUGAAUGACGACUUUGUUUCCCGCACUGGGGCACGAUCAACCUGUAAAUUGCUCAUGAUUUCCACAUGAUGCAACACAGUCGUACAUUAUUCGGUCUAAAGGAGCGACGCGGUGAAAAAGGACCAGCGUUCACAUUAUUUGGCCGAGUAGGAGAUGAUUUGUGGCCGUUUCAUUUAUACACGUAUGCAUCAAAUGUGAGUCAAGCUUCAGCAUGCUUAAUAUUAAUUCUGGUCUUAUGAGCAAAGUGAUUAUUGGGAGAUCUUAUUAUCUAACACUUCAUGCAUUCAUCAGGUCCAUCUGAGAGAC